GCCUUGGGCGCUCGCUCGCGCGGGGUGGCGGAGCGCUGGUUGCGCCGCCAGUGGCCGGCAUGAAGGCUUGGGGACUUGCUGCUGCCUCCUCGUCGCUCCAGCGCCAUGGAAUGCCUGCGGAGCCUGCCCCGGCUCCUGCCCCGCGCGGUGGGGCUGCCCCGGCGCACUCUAUGUGCUCUGGCCUUGGGCCUGACCCCCGCGGCUCGGCCUGUGGGCCGCGCAGCCGGACUCCUCGGAGGGAGCCGGGCCGCGCUGCUGUGCGCGCCCCGCCGGCCCCGCGUGGCAGGUGAGGUGCACCGGUUUAGAACUUCUGAUGUCUCUCAAGCCACCUUAGCCAGUGUAUCCCCUGUAUUUACUGUGACAAAAUUUGACAAAGAGGGAAAUGUUUCUUCUUUUGAAAGGAAGAAAACUGACUUAUAUCAAGAAUUAGGUCUUCAAGCUAGAGAUUUGAGGUUCCAGCAUUUAAUGAGCAUCACAACCAGAAACAAUAGGAUUAUCAUGCGAAUGGAGUAUUUGAAAGCUGUGAUUACUCCAGAGUGUCUUCUGAUAUUAGAUUAUCGUAAUUUAAAUUUAGAGCAAUGGCUAUUCCGGGAACUUCCUUCGCAGUUGGCUGGAGAGGGUCAACUUGUCACAUACCCUUUACCGUUUGAGUUUAGAGCUAUAGAAGCACUCCUGCAGUAUCGGAUCAACACCCUUCAGGGGAAACUUAGCAUUUUGCAGCCACUGAUCCUUGAGACCUUGGAAGCUUUAGUGGAUCCCAAACAUUCUUCUGUAGACAGAAGCAAACUGCACAUCUUACUACAAAAUGGCAAAAGUCUAUCAGAAUUAGAAACAGAUAUUAAAAUUUUUAAAGAGUCGAUUUUGGAGAUCUUGGAUGAAGAAGAGUUGCUAGAAGAGCUCUGUCUAACCAAGUGGAGUGACCCACAAGUCUUUGAAAAGAGCAGUACUGGAAUUGACCACGCAGAAGAGAUGGAGUUGCUGUUGGAAAACUACCACCGAUUAGCUGAGGAUCUUUCCAAUGCAGCUCACGAACUCAGGUUACUGAUUGAUGAUUCACAAAGCAUUAUAUUCAUCAAUCUGGACAGCCACCGUAAUGUGAUGAUGAGGUUGAACCUACAGUUGACCAUGGGAACCUUCUCUCUUUCGCUGUUUGGAUUAAUGGGAGUUGCUUUUGGAAUGAAUUUGGAAUCUUCCCUCGAAGAGGACCAUAGAGUAUUUUGGCUGAUUACAGGAAUCAUGUUCAUGGGAAGUGGCCUGAUCUGGAGGCGUUUGCUGUCAUUCCUUGGACGACAACUUGAGGCUCCUUUGCCCCCCAUGGUGGCCUCUUUACCUAAAAAGACCCUUCAGGCAGAUAGGAGGAUGGAAGUGAAACACAGCUUCAGGCCCGAUGGACUUGCAUCAAGCAGGAACCUCCUCGCAAACCGUUAGGAACAACCCCAUGGAAACUGAAUUGUUUUUUAUGGUAGUCACAGGAAACUUGUGAUACUCUUUUAUUACUUUAAGAGUCAGUCUUGAAAAAAAUCACUGAUAUGUAAAUUAUAAUGUCUGGUGGUAAAAAAUACUAUGGCAGUCACAAUACUGGAAC